GAAAAUGUUCGCAAGAUGAUAUAUAAAUCUUUCAUUUAAAACCACAAAAUGGUGAGUAAUGUUGAGAAGGAAGAAGAAAGGAAGAUUAUGAGGAAGAAGAGGAGGAAGAAGAGGAGGAAUAGGAUUUAAAUGAAGGAAAAUAACAGGGACAAAGUUUUAAAUCAUAUUAUUCGUUAUUUCUUUCUUUAUUCAGUAUUUCCUUAUUCCUUUCUUUAUUUUCGUUUACUUCCUCCUCUUAUCCCUUUUCUGCCAGAGGAGGAAGGGGAAGAAAGGAGGAUGAGGGUGAGGAAGACGAGGAAGAGGAAGAGGAUUAAAUUUCUUUCAUCUUUCUUAGACAGUCCUCAGGAUGUCAACAUUGUAUAAUGGUACAGUGUUGAGACAGGGACGGUCGCGUUAUAAUUCACUAAUUGAGGUUACUUUUGAUAAAUAAACAACUAGUACGGAGUCUUUUAAGUAUUUUACAUUAUCUUAUACCGGAAAAUAUUAAGGAAAAGUGGCGUAAAUAAGAAAAAAAGGCAAAGAUUAGAGAUGUGGGAUUUUAUAACUUGUGGUAUCUUAAAAUACUAGUAUAAGAUAAACCCUAUGCAAAACGAAUAAUAUAACCUUUAUUAAUCAUCAUAACCUAGAAAACCGAUAAAUAUAUAUAUAAAAACCAGUGUAAUUAGUAAAAAACAAAAAAACUGUCCCUGGGAAGUGAGACGGCCCACAGAGUCGCGCCAAAAACGUGGAUCUACAGGCCAGGCAUCUUAUGUUUAACCAGGUGUACAAGGUGCUGGCUUUCAAGGGCUCCUCCACACCUACAGACACACGCACACACCACCAGAUACAGGAAGAAUUAAUUGAUGAGCUACAGAACUACAGCAUCGUUCAGGUGGCAGCCGGAGACCAGCACUCUCUUGCUCUCACCUCCUGGGGCCUGGCCAUAAACAGUGCACACGCGGGACUGAGUCACUCGGUAAACACAGUGCAGUGGGCCGCGGGUGGCGCCAAGCAGUGCGCUCUGGUGGCCAGGGGACACACUAUGCCUUGCCCAGGAAUUUUAAUCGAUUUUAUCUACGCACGGGGUGACAAUGGGUACGGUGAGCUUGGCGUCAACUCCUGCGACAGUCACACCGCCACACGCAAGCUUGUCAAGAGUCUGGCCAGGAAGGUGACAGUGCAGCUGGCCUGUGGCGCCAACCACACCCUUGCCUUGACUGCUGAUGGUGACAAAAUACCUUCGGCCAGUUGGCACUUAGACACCGACAGGGGCCCCAGAAGGAUCCUGCCCUGGUGACCUCCUUGGCUGGCACCCUCUUAGUCCUGCUGGCCGCUGCGGGUCACCACUCUGCUGCCGUGACCCAGGCCGGCUACCUGCUGUUGUGGGGGUCAAACAAGCAGGGUCAACUGGGCUAUACUCCCAAGGGUGAUCCUCUUGUUAGAUCUUCGCAGGGGGUGACGUCAGCUUGGCCACUGUCAGCAGGGAGAGUGGGGGUGCUGAGGACUUUUGCAGCCCUCCCCUACCCCGACCAAAUGCCCUCUCUCUCACAAUUCAAGAACAUAUGAUUAAGAAACUUCUGUCAAUUGAGGAAGAAGACAUGAUUGAUGACGAUUUGUUUACGUACACAGAGACAGUGUUUGCCUCAGUGUGCGCUUGGAACAGCUCCCUCACGCUUGCUGGCUUGCACAAACACACACACGGGCUGGACUACCGUUUGGCUGAGGACUGUGUGGCUCAGAUUGGCCGGAUUGCAAGGGAGACCAUCCAGGAAGUGGCGAGUGCGUGCGUUUGUGUGCGUUUCACUGCAUUUUACUGAAGGUUUCCCAGGACAAAACAGGACAAACCGACCUGCUGGCAUUUCACACGCAGAAUCUCACAAGUGUCCACUGAUCCAUUACCGAGCUAAUCCAAACGUAUCCAAACGUCCACAGGUUCGUACUGGCAUUCAAAACGUGGCCAAGAGUCUUCCUUCGCAUCCCCCAGCCAGGACGCCUUACGCUGUUAUGUUCUUCCCCUGUACAAGGACUUCACUGACCCUAAACAAACGGCCAAACUCCAAACGCCGUAUGCUGAGGGAGUGUUGAAGCUUGACAAGGAGAUGGCGGAGGUGUUCAGGACUUUCCACUAAGGCUGGUUACUGUGUACAAGAAUGUGGUGGUACAAAUACUGAAUUUUGCUCACCAAUCUAGCUCUGAGAGACCGGCGUGCCCUUGUGUCUUCCCCGCGGCUGUUGUCCCUGGUCCACGGUCUGAACUUCCAAGCCGGCUGCCGAGUGGGGCGGUUGAACUGCGACGACUUUUACAUCCCAGAAAUUGCAGAGAAAAUUGAUAUUAGGAAUGAUUACUUGAACUGGAUGAACAGCAGGCUUCACCCGAUGUCCAGGAGGGAGAGUCCAAUCCUGUUCUGUGAGUAUCCAUUCUUGUUCGACCCUCAGGCCAAGAUGCUGCUGCUCAGGUGUGACGCCACUCGGCAGGGCGAAUGUUUCCCAGACCACCCGGUCAUACGCACGUUCUGGGAAGUAUUUCACAAACUCUCCCUGGAGCAGAAGAAGUUGUUUUUGAAGUUCCUGACGGGCACUGACAGGGUUCCUAUUCUGGGCCUGAAGGCACUCAAGUUGAUGAUCCAAAGCACAGCAGACGACAGCUUCCUUCCGGUCGCACACACCUGCAUCACCCAGACUGUGGAACGUCUUCGCGUCCUCCGUCCCUCACAUCAGGGGGAUGGAUACCCAGGACGUGAAGUUAACAGCACACCACUGGAGGGGCUCGUUCCCAACCCUCCUGCUAACAAUAUUAACAUAAGUCCAUAAAGAAUGUAUAUAUAUGUAUAUAUAUCUUUAUAUUUAUA